AUGGAGCUCCGGGAGGUUUACCCCGAAAUUUGUUUCGUCCUGACCACUGUAGCAGUUACAUUGUCUUCACUGGUAAUCUUCCUAUCCUACCGGGUUCACAGAGGCAGUAAAAAAAGCGAGUAUGCUUGGAUUAUGGCAUUCAACUCGGUGGUCGAUUUGUUUUACUCACUAACCCAUGGAAUUGUGGUACCAGUAAGUUGCCCACGGCAAAAUCAAAGCUGAAUUCAGAGCGCAGUAGUUGCCACAGCAUCCACAGUGUAUCUUAAUAUUGAAAAUCCUUACUUGCGACACAUUCCGGCAUUCGCCGUUCAAAUUGCCAUCUUCUUUACACUGGUCGCGGCUCUUUGCCCAGCGCCUUCCAAUACCGUCCACUUUUACUAUCGCUAUCGGAUGUUGUGCAAGGGCGAUAUAUGGAGCAAACGGCAGUAUCUGGGCGCUUAUGCGAUUGCGCUAACUGGGAUAUUCUUUAUUGCGGCGUUGUUCUUGGCUUCCGGACGCAUUGUGACUGACGGAGACGAGUUGAUGUCGAUUGGUGGAAAUGGAUCUUCAUUUCGUCCUCAUGUCGUUGCGACACUGGUAAGGUUGACUAUAUAUUAUGUAGGCGAUGAAAGGAAACUCUUGGCCGUUCCUCAUGUUCUCGCAGAAUUUUUCUGAGGACGUCACUUGGUGCGCUCGCAGAAAAGUGCAUGUAAAAAACGGACUGUCCAAAUUCAACGGAGUUUAUGACAAGUGUAGCAGACGUGAUCUAGCGGUCCGUCGGGAAAAUAAUGAGCAUUGUGUGGCUGCGAUAACAUUCCUGUCGAAAGCCCCGACAACCCAGUAAUCAGAUCAGAGCUGAAGAGUCAAGUGAUUUAUUCAGUGGAAAGGAGGCCUUUUAUUAGGUUGAUUCAAAAGUUUUUCCACAUGUCUUUAAAAAAUUUUAAAAAAUUUAGACCAAAGCCAGUGGGCCUGAUAUAUAUCUUGUUAGAAAGAAGGCUGUUUGUAGAUUAUAGUAGAUUAAUAACUUUUUACAACUUAGCAAUUUGUAGUAGUAGCGCCGUGUUAAACCUUAACUACUCGAAGGAAGAAAAAGUAAACCGCCGGCGUUACGUCUAGAGUGGCUGUAUCUUCUUAAUAUUCUCGAAUAUGGUAUGCCUGUAUGUAAUCUCUAUGGCAUCGAGGACAAUUUGCUAUAGGGCUAGUCGAAAAAUUUUUAGUGCGAAAAAUCAAAAAUUAGGGUCUGGCAAAAGUAGACCCUGUAGACGCAGCUAUUAGAAGCACUAAGAGAUAACGCUUUCUGUUAUUGUAGUGUAUGAGUAGCACUACAACGCCAAUGCUAAACAUUCGCGCUAGCUUUACCUAUGCGGCAGAAAAAUCGAAUCUUUUUAAUCUACCAAUAUUUUACGAAAUUUAGGGGAUUUUUACAAAAACGUUUUCUGUUCAUUACUCUUGCCCGGUAUCCUAGUUAUUUAAUAAAUAAUUGAUCCUACUUGACAUACACUAUCAGUUGCUAGACGCGCUAAGCUGAAGGUCCUCUUGAAAUACCAGUAAAAAAAAUUACAAAAAUUCGCCUAAAAGUGCAGUUUAUGCUACUUUUCUACCUUAUAAGGCAAUUUCAGUUGGUGACUUUUUGAAUGUAUCAUCCGCAUACUGUCUUUGUACAACCUGAAUGGCAGCCGAGUCAAAAAAAUCUAACUCCUUUCAAAAAAUUUUUAAAAAUCUGCUUUUGAUCGGUAGCUCGGCUCUCCGGCCAACUUUAUGGGAUGCUACAAAAAACGUCAGUGUAGAUAUAAGUAGAGCAAUAAAUUCAGAAGAAACUACAGACAUCCCCAGUACGAAUAACCCAAAACCCGAGACUUUUUAGUGGGCUGGAAAAUUGCUAGGGCCCGGGAUAUUCACCAUGACACAAACGGAGAAGUUUUUAGUAUUUUUGAAAUAUUCUGAAAGGAAGCUUGUAUAAAAUAAAAUGCUACGAAUCAAAAAUUUUGCAAUGUUCUGCCCCAUACAUCUAUGCUUUCAGUUUUAACGUACAUUCAAUCAGGCUCCAGGAAUUUUAUUUUGAGGUGUCUCAAAAAAAUGUGGAAAAACUUUUGAAUCAACCUAAUAUAAGGAAGCCCCACAUAGGAAAGUACACUCAAAUUUGAAUAAAUGCAGAUCGUCCUUUGUGGGAAAAUCCUCGAAGCUCGGUCGUUCGGCCCCGCAAUUUCUCGGCGGUCAUGCGAUUUUCGAUGCGACAAAUUGCACAUUGUGUUCCCGGCGGACCAAGAUGUCGUAUUUUGAAGUUUUUGCGUGGCUAUUUAUACAUAGAUGUCUUAUAUCAGCCUGCCAGGAAAAUUGUGAGCACUCUGUCGCAUCGAAAGUCUCAUCGCCUCACGUCAAACUGAGAUAAGCUAAAACAGUCCGGUGAAUGGGUUGGCAAUAUAGUUUUGUCGGGGAAGAAAUGGGGACUUUUUGGGGCGAGAGAGUAACCGAUAGCGAAGGGUCUAUUCUGGUCACCGGACUCCUCAGUUUGACGUGCGAAAGUGAAUUGUGUCGCGGCAAAAUCAAAUUGUUUGUCAUCUCGCGACUUGGUUGGCGCAGCGGCAUUGCGCUCAUUAUUUUUCCGACAGUCUGAUAGAUACUGCCGAGAGUUCAGCUUCUUCAGGAAGCCCUUUUCAAGACACUUUCAACCUUUAACCGUCUUUUCUUUCAGAACCAUCCGCUUUUCUUGCUCUGCAUCUCCGCCUGUCAGCUUAUGUUCGUCGUCGAAUACGGCAUUAUGAUGUUCAGCGGCCAACGAAUUAUACACCAAGCCCGACUAGGGAUCCGUGCGGCGACAACUUCCACGCAAAAAGCGCAAAAGCGCCUCAUCAUGGUGAUGGUUUUGCAGGUACGCGACAUGAUCAAUAAACAUUGCCAUCUGCCUACUUUUUCCCUAAUAAUUAUCGAAUUUCAGGCACUGUAUCCGCUGGUCCUGUACUUUGUCCCAUGCAUGUACGUGACGGCAAUGAUUUCGAUGGGCGUGAAUUUCCAGAACGCCAGCUAUGUCGCCGGCAUUUCUGUACAACUAUUAUCGCCUCUAAACUCGAUAUCGGUGCUCACGUUGAUCCCGGCUUAUCGUCGGGUCUUGACCCGGACCGCGCCAACAAACUCUGCAACUCUCUUUAUUUCUGUUACUCGAUAA